UCUCUCUCUCUCUCUCUCUCUCUCUCUCUCUCUUAAACACCGUUGCUUUUUGAUUUUGAUCGGCAACCACCGUUGCUUCCUAUCGCCAUCCGCCGCCGAUCGCUGCCGUUACCACCGAAAUCUUAGUAAAAGGGGUUUUUAUGGCUGGGUUCAUUUCAAACUUAGGGGUUAUGUAAAAAUGUGGUUUAUGUUUCUGUACUGCAAUGCAUUAGAGGAGCACAAACUUAUCUGUUCCCAAAUAAUUGAGAGUGACUAUCAAAAGUCUCUCUCUCUCUCUGCCGCCUCUGUGGAAAGGAACCCAAACUUUGGAGAAGUGUUUUUGUUUGGGUGGCCUUUAAAGUAAAGGACACAGUUUUUUUUUUGUUUACUUAGAGCCUCGUGUGGAAGACGAUAUCAAACUAUAGCAACAUUUGAACCCUCUGUUAAAUACAGUAGUUGGAGAAUUUCUUGUCGUCCUAUUUUAAACAGUUAGCAGUCCAGUUUAGUGGUAUUAUCAUUGAAGUGGGCAGACUCAACUCUUUCAGUCCUUAAUUUACCAUUUUCCGAGAAAUAAAUGGCUGGAAAAGGAGAAGGGCCGGCAAUUGGGAUAGAUCUUGGAACGACUUACUCAUGCGUGGGGGUUUGGCAGCACGAUCAUGUUGAGAUUAUUGCAAAUGAUCAAGGAAACAGGACGACACCAUCUUAUGUUGCAUUCACCGAUACGCACCGUUUAAUCGGCGAUGGUGCGAAGAAUCAAGUCGCCGUGAACCCUAUCAACACUGUUUUCGAUGCUAAGCGUCUAAUCGGAAGAAGAUAUAGUGACACUGCUGUUCAGAGUGACAUGAAGCUAUGGCCAUUUAAGGUCACACCUGGUGUAGACAACAAACCCAUGAUAGGAGUAACGUACAAGUACGAAGAGAAACAAUUCUCCGCCGAAGAAAUCUCUUCAAUGGUCCUUGUAAAAAUGAAAGAAAUUGCAGAGGAUUACCUUGGCACCACCAUAAAAAACGCUGUUGUCACUGUUCCUGCAUACUUCAACGAUUCUCAAAGACAAGCCACCAAAGACGCUGGAGUCAUUGCCGGUCUCAACGUCAUGCGGAUAAUCAAUGAGCCAACUGCGGCCGCCAUUGCUUAUGGUCUCGAAAACAAAGCCGGUAGCACCGGUGAGAAAAAAGUGCUCAUAUUCGAUCUCGGUGGUGGAACAUUCGACGUCUCUCUGUUAACCAUCGAAGGGGGUAAAAUUGAGGUUAUAGCUACAGGUGGGGAUACACAUUUGGGGGGUGAGGACUUUGAUAAUAGAAUGGUGAACCAUUUCGUUCAGGAAUUCAAGAGGAAGUUUAAGAAGGAUAUUAGUGGGAACCCUAGAGCUUUAAGGAGGUUGAAGACAUCUUGUGAUAGAGCAAAGAGGACUCUUUCCUCGACUCCUGAAACUACGAUCGAGAUCGAUGCGUUAUACGAGGGAAUUGAUUUUUGCGCAACAAUUACUCGGGCCAGGUUCGAGGAGCUGAACAUUGAGUUGUUUAGGAAGUGUAUGGAGCCAGUGGAGGAGUGUUUGAGGGAUGCAAAAAUGGACAAGGGCAACGUCGAUGAACUUGUUCUUGUUGGUGGAUCCACUAGGAUUCCCAAAGUCCGGCAACUGUUGCAGAAUUUCUUCAAUGGGAAGGAUCUUUGCAAAAGCAUUAACCCUGAUGAGGCUGUGGCUUAUGGUGCCACAGUUCAGGCCGCUAUUUUGAGCGGUGAGCGGAAUGAGAAGGUUCUGGAUUUAGUACUGUUGUUGGAUGUCACUCCACUUUCCUUUGGUUUGCGAAAGCAUGGUGGUGUUGUGGUGGUUUUCAUUCCGAGAAACACCAAAAUUCCGGCGAAGAAAGAGCAAAGUGAUUGGACUACUGCCAAUGAUAACGAAACCUCUGUUUGUUUUAGAGUCUAUCAGGGGGAAAGAAUCCAAGCCAUAGACAACAUCUUGUUGGGCGAAUUCACAUUGACCGGAAUUCCUCCGGCUCCUAGGGGUGUCCCAAAAUUCAAAAUCUGUUUUGAUAUCGAUGCUAAUGGUAUUCUCACUGUGUCUGCAGAGGACCAAACUACUGGACGAAUGAACAUGGUCACGAUCACGAACGCCAAGGGUAGGUUGUCAAAGGAGGAGAUUGAGAAAAUGGUGCAGGAGGCUGAGAAGUACAAGUUGGAAGACAAGGAGCACAAGAAGAAAGUGGAGGCCAAGAACGCGUUGGAGACUUAUGCUUACGACAUGAGGAACACUAUUAGGGAUGAGAAGAAAGGAGCAAAGAUUCCUCCGGCUGACAAGAAGAAGAUUGAAGAUGCGUUUGUGCAGGUGAUUCACUGGUUGGAUGAGAACCAGCUAGCGGUGACGGAAGAGUUUAAGUAUAAGAUGAAGGAAAUGGAGGGAAUUUGCAACCCUAUAAUUUCCAAAUUGUAUCAGGCCGGUAGUAUGGGUGGAGGAAUGGAUGAGGAUUGUCCUUUUGGUGGUGGAAGCCGUGCUGGACCCAAGAUUGAGGAGGUUGAUUAAAAUGUUCUCUGCCAACAAACCUUAAUUAGUACUGUUUGGAUAUUUCCUUUCCGUAUUUGUUUGUUUGGCUUCUUUACUAUGUUAUUGCCUGCAACUAGAUGGUGAAAGCCUUGUGUGAAAGUUUUACCCUCGGAUUAACUAUUCUUUUCGCGAAGGAGUCUGUGAUGGUUUUUUGGUGGGAUUUGCUACGAGCAAAUGAGCAGUAAGUAAACAAGAACUCUGUAGAGGUUGUUUCUUUAUUGGCUAACUACGAAUUAUUGUCAA